UUCAAUUAUUCGUUUCUGUUAUUCUUUAUUUAAUUCAAUUCAAGACAAAGGGAAUAAAUUACUGCAAGAAGCAAGUGAAAAGCAAAAAAUUUUUUACCAAUACCAAAUUAUUGUUUGUAUUUGUUUUAGUAAUAAAAUAUUAAUUGUAUAUUAUUCAACUUUGCGUUUGCUAAAAUAUCUAUAAAUAUAUAAACAUUGUCAAUAAACAUCGAAACAAAAAUCUAGUCAUCAUCAAAAACGUAUAAAUUUAAUCAUGGUGUGUGUGCCUUGUUUUAUCGUUCCACUUCUAUUGUAUUUGUGGCACAAAUUUAUUCAACCGUAUGUUCUGCGCUUUUGGAAUCCAUGGGCUGUUAAAGAUGCUGACGGAAAUGAGACAACUGAAUUUCCAUUCAAGUGUGAAGGUGGAGUGUGCGCUUUUGCACCUCGUAAGACAAAAGAAAAGAACUUAACAGCUGAUACACAAGAAGCAUCGAGUGAGACUAAGUUGAACUCUGAUGAUAGACUAAAAACAGAUUGAUUACCUCAAUAUUCUUCAUGCAAUUGUCAUGUGACAUGCAAUCAAUUAAUUUAUAUUUAAUUUGAAAGUGAAAAUUUCAAUUUUCACAUAAUUUUAGCUACAGUCAAGCAUUUACAUUUGUAUAAUUGAGACUUCAAAAUAACAAAUGCAUGCAAUGCAAUGAUAUUUAUUUUUAUUGAAUAGAAUAUGUACAGCAGUGCAUGGUUGUGGUCCUCCUACAGUAACACAAGUAUAUCUUUUGAACAACAUGGUUUGGCAGUAGAAAGUAUUAUAUUUUUGUGUAGAUUAUAUAUAUUCAUAAGGUGAUGUUGUUUUAGUUUUACGAUUAUAUA